CGAGUUUCACCUUGAUGAACUACUUACUGAUUAGCUUGGUAGUUCUAUACUUGCACUCGGUAGUUAUAUACAUGCGCUCGGUAGUUUGUUGAGCUCGGUAAAUAGUACGACCCGAACGAAAUUCCAACUGAGCACAUCAUGGGCAUUAACCUGACGGCGAACCCUCGCCUGCGGAUGCUGUACGUGGUGUGUGGGGUCAUCGAAAUCAUGCUCUUCAGCGGUCUCAUCUUCGGCUGGGGCUCCCUCGUCUACGUCCUCAAAGACGAGGGCAUCUACGCCGACCUCUGCGACUGCACCGACAACUGCACCUACGGCAACACCAAGACCACGUCCACGACGACGACGACUCCUGUUACUGCGACGAACCUGACCCCAACGAUCGGCGGUGACGUUAAAGGGAAAGUGUGUAAAGAGCAGGACUCGAUGCUGUCGCUGGUGUUCACGGUGGCGUCGUUGUUCUUCUGUGUGGGAAGCGCCGUCAUGGGACACAUCAACUACAAGUUUGGAACGAGAGUCACACGCAUCUGUGCUUCGUUGGCACUUGUUGCUGGUUGCUUGAUGGUAGCUUUCGUCAGUGUUGAUCUACCAUGGUUAAUAUUUCCAGGACUUUCAUUGGUUGGAGCAGCAGGUAGUCCUUGGCUAGUCACAAAUAUACAGAUUUCCAUCCUGUUCACGACUGGUAGUUCUACGGUGGUUGGAUUGUUAUGUGGCGCCUUCGACUGUUCAGCUGUCAUUCAACUUAUUGUCAAGCUUGCCUAUGAAAAUGGUUUCUCUAGACAGAACUCCUACUUGGUGCUGGUUGGACUGCACAGUAUGGUUCUAGUGAACACUUUCCUCUUCCUGCCAAAGGAUUUCAUCUUCAAGAAUGUAAUUCAGAACGACGCAGAGGUCGAGCUCAUUGUUAACCAAGACGGCCAAAACGGGACAGUCGAAGUGUUCGAUAUGGAGAAGAACAAAACGGAUCCUGAAUUAGGAGAGGAUAAAGAAGAAAAUGCCAUUAGUAAAGAAGCAGAGAAUACAAGCAAUGAGAAAGAUUCUGGCAAACGUACGCUAAAGAGUUGUAUGUUGUCCUCUGCUUAUCUGCUACACGUCUUCUGGCUGUGCAUUCUACAGCUGCGCUUCUACUACUACUUCAGCUCUCUCAACCCGUGGAUUAACAACAUCCUCGAUGGAGAUAAGAACCAAGUGAGUUUCUAUACCAACAUCUCACUUUACUUCAUACUGGGCGGUAUCAUAACAUCACCACUUGCUGGCAUCGUAUACGACUGGCAGAAACGAAUAUUCAAAAACAAACGAUCCGAGAAAUGUCGGCAGCUGAUGCCUUCUGUCUUCCCUCUGACGUUAGCAGUUGUUCUAGCCAUUGUUCUCUCUGUCCUCACCCUCAUCCCGGUGGAGGAAAUCCUUUAUUUGACCUUCACGACACUGACGAUAUUCCGAUCCUUCCUCUACGCAAUGGCGGUUGCCUUUGUCAGCGAGAUGUUCCCUAAUGAGUAUUUUGGCUUGAUGUUCGGAGUCCUACUGGUUGCUGGCGGGAUCUUUGGUUUCCUCCAGUUUGCCCUCUUUCAGUGGGCAGAGGCAACAGACUUUGAUCAGGUGAUCAUAUUUCUUCUUGUGUUGAUAUGCACGUCGUUUGUGCACCCAGCUUACCAGUGGUACACCAGCCGUCGAAUGGAGAGGCUGGCUAAUGGGGACAAAGCUGGGUUGCCCAUGGAUACGAUAAGAGCAUCCGAGGGUACUAAUCCUGAGCCCGAGGAUGCUAAAACCAAGUCCGAGGAUACUAAAACCGAGCCUGAGGAUACUAAAACUGAGCCUGAGGAUACUAAAACCGAGCCCAAGGAUACUAAAACUGAGCCCGAGGAUACUAAAGCAGAGCCUGAGGAUACUAAUCCUGAGCCCGAGGAUGCUAAAACCAAGUCCGAGGAUACUAAAACCGAGCUCGAGGAUGCUAAAACUGAGCCCGAGGAUACUAAAACCGAGCCCGAGGAUACUAAAACCGACCCCGAGGAUACUAAAACCGAACCCGGGGAUCCUAAAACUGAGCCUGAGGAUACUAAAACCGAGCCUGAGGAUACUAAAACCGAUGGCAUGAUUUGUGUUAAGCUAUAGAAUCAUCUAAACUUCGUGAAAAUAACGCUGGCAGUUUUUGGCUCAGAAGAAUCGCUACUUAGACUAAGAGUUUGGUUCCCAUAAAAUUACUUCCACGCCGCAGACUGUCAGAGACCAGACACAUAUAGUAUGUCACUGAACUGUGUAUGCCAAGUUUCAGCUGUAUGAAUCUAUGACAGAUCAGUCGCAGACUGGUUGCAGAUAUCUCACCACUAUUGUGUUUACAUCGACGAGCAUAUAAACAUUACUACAUAA